AUGUACUUAUACUCGAUUUUGAAGCAACAAGAAAGCUUUGGCUGGGUACAAGCAAAUUAUCGAAAGGCAAAAGAGAGGGGUUACUUUAUUGGUCACAAGCCUUCUACUCAGAAGUCUUGGAGGAACAUGUGGUGCCUGGCUUAUGGUGACUGGGAGUGUCCACCAGGGAAGACCGUCACCAAACACAUUUCUACCCUUCCAGUCUAUAGGUCAUUGGCCCCAUCCAUUAAGACUGAUUUAUCCAAGGAGCAAGAAGACGAAGUUGAGAGGGUGAGGUCACUGUUGUUAGAGACCGAGCGUGAAUGCCGAAACUUAGUCACCCAGAAGAAUCUGUUCGAGUCCGAACUCUUGCAAAGGAUGACAUGUGUUAUAAAGGGAAGCACGAAGGCGACUAGGAAGCACCCUAGAAAUGACAAUGAGGGGUGGGUUGUCGAUGUUUUGGGGAAGAGGAAGGCGCUGGAGGAAGCUCACCAGAGUAUGAUGGGGAUGGGGCCGAGACUUCCUCCCUUUGAUCUGCUGGCACCGCCGAAGCUUCCUUUUGGUAUUAAGGAUGUUUUUCCUGAGGGGGUGGAGAAAGUGGACUUCUCCAAGCUGCAUCGGCAGAAGAAUGAGGUGAACCUGGCCAUGCAUCGGCAUGAGAUUCCCUUGGUGAACGUCUUCCUGGAAGGCGUGAACAGACCCUGA